UGUACUCAGUUCUGUAUUUAUGGUUCUAAAGGAUCCUAUUGUGAAAAUGCGAUUUUAAAUGAAAUUUUUGUUCACUUCGAGAAACUUUUCCAAUUCAUUAUCCGAAACUUCUAUAUUAAAGCUUGUUAUAACUAUUGUUAUGGCCUGAAGAUAUUUGUUGUACUGACACGGUGUAUGAUGUUUUCACGCCUCUGAGUGGUAUAAUUUACCUUUUGGGUGUAGGAUCAGCAGACGACACGCUCUAGCGGCCUGUCAGUCAAACGCUCGUCAGCGCGUGAGCCUCGACUUGGGCAGAACCUAUUACCAUUAGGUGAACAGUAUACAAAUCUCACCUUAUUAAACGAAAUGAAGAGUCACUGACAACCAAUGCAGAUUAAUUAAUGUGUGCAAUUAACGAUUCAUUUUAAAGGAACAGAGAUUCAAAAGAGACCGAAAAAAUUGUGCAUAAAGAAAAACAUUUAAAAAAGAAAUCAAAUGAAAAACAUGUCCGCACCUCGACGCGUGGAUUCAGCGGAAAGUAUCCGGGACCAGUAUGAAGCUCUGCGGAAGCUGGCUAUGGUGCAAGUAGGACCCCCAAGGAAUCCCAACAAGCCUUUUACCUCAUUUAGUAUUUCUGAUAUUCUUGGAGGAAAUAAUAACAAUGCCAAUCGGCGACAAGUUCAAAGAAAUCUAAAUAACAACAAUGUGAGAAGUAUUGUAAGACCCUGGGACUCUCGGUGUAGUCCGGGGAGGGACAGUGAGUGUUCCUCUGACGAGGAAGAGAUCAAUGUGGAGGACGAUGAACCCUCCCUACCCCUCAUACAGAAUGACUCCCCCCUGGAUGCUCUGAUGAAGAUGGCCAACAAAACGUUUGAGGGUUUAGAAACCGCAGAAUCAGCAGAGGCAAAACGGAGAGAACAAGCAGCUUUAUUUGGGAAACAUCAACCACCGAAAAAGCGACGAAAGUCCCGAACAGCGUUCACAAACCAACAGAUCUACGAGCUAGAAAAGAGAUUUCUAUAUCAAAAGUAUCUGACCCCAGCGGACAGAGACGAAAUCGCUCAGAACCUCGGACUUUCUAACGCUCAGGUGAUCACGUGGUUUCAGAAUCGCAGAGCAAAGUUGAAACGCGAUCUUGAAGAGUUAAAAAACGACGUUUCUGCGACUCAGAUAUUGAAAUCGCCUUCACAUCACCUGAAAGACGAUAACGUGUCAGAAAAAUCAUUUAACACUGACCCCGAUUUGUCAAGGUCGGCAGAUGAGGACGAAUGUGAACCUUCUCCACCAAAAGUGCAAAGGACUUCCGAAAGUGAAGCAGAAAAUGUAUCAGAAAAAGACGAGUGUUCCGAUGUUGACAUGGAGAUACAUUCACCCUGAUAUAACAUCCUGAACUCUUAUUGGUCACAACCAUAACGUUCAGUUUUAAGUUCCACAUGUCCCAAAAUGUGCCAUAUGAUCUAAGUCUCAUAUCGAUGUUUUUGGUAAUACUAGUGACAGGAAAUUCCACAAGGUAUGCCUGAAAAGGUCAUGACCUUAAAUCCUUGUUGCAAGCUUCCUCACGAACAUUUGAGGAAGACCGCAUUAGUUUGUUAAAACAUGUCUUCAUGAAGUGAACGAGAAAUCAGUAUACAAGUAUAUAACGGUGUAUCAUUUAGUUUCCCUCAUUCUUCUAGUUAUUGCAAGAUCACGGAAAUCGGAUGAACUUGGCACUUUUUAAGAGCAGAUGUGAAAGCAUUAUUGGUAAGAAUAGCGGAAGUUUAUUGCUAACUUACAGGUCUCCUUACAUAUCCUUGAAUGAGUUGCUACAGUAGAUAGAUAUGUAGAACUAUUUCACUAGAGACCGAGUUUUAUUGACUCGGUGCGGAUUUUGUACCAUCUGCUUCUUUGUUUCUUAAUUCUUAUUUGGAAUUAAACACCUUGAACAUAAUAAAUAUGAAUGUUAAAGACUUUUA